AUGGCGGCCAACAAGCAGGGAAAGAUGAUAAACUACCGGAUGAGAGUUACCCUAAAUGAUGGACGGCAAAUGACGGGUCAGAUGCUUGCCUUCGAUAAGCACCUGAACCUGGUCCUGGCCGAUACAGAAGAAUUCCGCCGCGUCAAGCGGAAAGCCAAGUCGGCCCCCGGAAACGCGCCCCUCGUCGAAGCCGAAGAGAAGCGAACCCUUGGUUUGACAAUUGUGCGCGGCACUCACGUUGUUUCCUGCUCUGUCGACGGACCUCCCCCGGCCGAUCCCUCAGCACGACUUGGUGGCGGUCCUAAUGUGCCCGCCGCUGCCACUCUCGCCGCCGGCCCUGGAAUUAGCAAACCCGCUGGACGUGGUCUGCCUGUCGGACUUGGAGGACCUGCUGCUGGUGUCGGUGGACCCCCACCGCCAGGCGGCUUCCCCGGAUUCCCUCCUGGUGGUUUCCCCGGUGCCCCCCCGCCUGGCUUCGGUGGACGUGGAGGCCCUGGAGGACCCCCCGGUUUCGCUCCUCCUCCCGGAUUCGGUGCUCCCCAGGGUCCUGGCGGCUUCCAACCUCCACCUGGCUUCCAGCCUCCCGGCCAGGGUCGAGGAUAUCCUCCCCCAGGGUUUGGAGGACGGUGA